AUGAGCGCAGACUUGGACCGUCUCUCGGUGGGUUCGCGCGCCUCCAGCGCUUCUUCCUCGCCUUCCUUCGACGGGGCGGGCAAGGGGGCUGCGGGACAGGCCGGGCUCAGGAGCGGGGGGCCCGGAUCCGGCAUCCGGCUGCUGUCGGCCAACGUGCGGAAGCUCCACGGGGCACUCAACCUGCUGCUGAGCGAAGGCGAGCGGGAGCAGUUCAUCCAUUGCCUUAACGUCUACCACUGUCGCCGGAAUGUCUACGACUUGGUGCAGACGCUCAAAGUCUUGCUGGACGGCCCAGAGAAGAGGCAGCUGCUGCCCAUGUUGCGCCUGGUCAUCCCUCGCUCGGACCAGCUUCUCUUCGACCAGUACACCUCGGAGGGGCUCUACCUAAAGGCGGACUUCUUGCCCAUCGCUGGGCCAGGGUACGAUGGGGCCGGGCCAGGAGAGGUCAGGCGGAUGACUCUCAAGAGGCAGAAGGCUCAAGAAGGGUUGGGUUUCAGCAUCCGAGGGGGCUCUGAGCACAGCGUUGGCAUCUACGUCUCCCUGGUGGAGCCGGGCUCCUUGGCGGAUAAAGAGGGCCUUCGGGUGGGAGACCGGAUCUUGAAGGUCAACGACAAGCCGCUGGACAAGGUGACCCAUGCUGAAGCCGUCAAGGCCCUCAAGGGAUCCAAGAAGCUGAACCUGACUGUCCAUUCGGUGGGUCGCAUCCCUGGCGGCUACAGAACCAACCACAUCUACACCUGGGUGGACCCCCAAGGACGAAGCAUCUCUCCCCCGGUCGGCCUGAUCCAGCAUCAGAGCAGCUCCUUGGGCAAGGAGAGUGAGAAAAGAAGCCACCUCCAACUUCUGCAAGAAGGCGAUGAAAAAAAGGUUAACCUUGUUUUGGAUGAAGGGCGAUCUCUGGGCCUCAUGAUUCGAGGCGGGUCUGAAUACGCCCUCGGGAUUUACAUCACGGGGGUGGACAAGGAUUCGGAAGCAGAAAACACUGGCUUGAAAGUUGGAGACCAGAUUCUGGAGGUCAACGGGCGAAGCUUCCUCAGCAUUUCCCACGACGAGGCCGUGAACCUCCUCAAGUCCUCCCGCCAUCUCAUCAUGACCGUCAAAGACGUGGGAAGGCUACCUCAUGCCCGGGCCACAGUGGAUGAGACCAAGUGGAUCCCCAGCUCCCAGAUGGGAGAAACAAUGGUCAAUUCUGCAGGGGCCUCUGACGAUCCCAUGGGGGAGAUGAUACCAAAGCCAUCCUUCUAUAAAGGUCUUACAGGAUCUCAAGUAACGUUGAGUAGCUUGGUGAACCAAAGCCGAGUGAUGCUGGAGGAACACGCACGCCACCUCCUGAAUGAACCCGAGAGGACCACCAUGGCUUACUACCUGGAUGAAUAUAAGGAGAAGAACAUCUCGAUCGGUUCCCUCAUCAUGGCUCUCUUUGAACUGCUCAACACCCAUGCCAAGUUCUCCCUCCUGUCGGAGGUCAGAGGGGUGAUAGCUCCACAAGACCUGGACCAUUUUGACAACUUGGUUCUUAAGAGGGAAAUAGAAUUUAUGAAGGCCCGGCAGCCCUCCGGGACAGGAACCGACUGUUACUCUACUACAACCUCCUACAGCAAUUCUGCCUCGUGUACCGAAAGCCAUUUUACAUCUACCACGGCUAGUUCAGCUCGGGAGAGACUCUUGUGGCUGAUUGAUUUGAUGGAGGAUGAUGUCUCCUCUUUCUAUGAAGAACUUCCAGCUUUUAGGGCCUCACCUCCGGCUCCUUCCUCUCAGUCACGGCCAGAUCCUUCCGACCAAGUGCACAAACCCAGUUUGGGAUCGUCUGAAUCUUCCCAGUCGGGGCUGUUCUUCAUGGCCCCUCAAAGCCUCUCUGAGAAGGACACCCACAGCCUCGCCUCCAACUCCACGGAGGACUCGGCCUCCAGCUCCAUCUACGCGUCCAUCUCUCCAGCGACUCGCGUUUCGAGGAAGCCCCUGGAGGCCCGGCUGUUGACAGUCCACCAGCACCCCAUGCUACCUUUCCCUCGGAUCCAGUCACCCACCCGGUUGAAACAGCCUUCCCCGGAGGCUGCUGGCACAGCCCCAAGCUCCCCUACCCACCCACCCCUUCCCUCCCGCCCAGCCGCUUCCCCUCCCAGAGAGAAGGGGGGUUUUGAAGUGGGGAACACGCAGCACUUUAUCAUGGUUGAAGUUCAUCGGCCGAAUAGCGAACCGGAUGUGAAUGAAGUCAAGCCAUUGCCUCAUGCUAGAGCCUCCACGCUCUCCCAGCUCUCGGCCAGCGGGCAGACGCUGAGCGAAGACAGCGGCGUCGAUCUGGGGGAAGCGGAGCUGAGCACCGGCAGGGAGAGGACUCAGCGGCUGCAGGGCCUGCCACCAGCACAAACUCCCCAGGGAGCCCCCCGAGCGGGCAGAGCGGUAGAGGCAGGACCCAAACCGCCAGGCCUCCGGGAGCCGACUUCUCAUCUAGUCCGGGUGUCGAAGAGCGCCCCGACCUUGGGCAUAGCCAUCGAAGGGGGUGCGAACACGCGACAGCCCCUGCCCAGGAUCGUCACGAUCCAGAAGGGCGGCUCCGCUCACAACUGCGGCCAGCUGAAGGUGGGCCAAGUGAUCUUGGAAAUCAACGGCAUGGCCCUCUGCGACAAGGAGCACAGGGAAGCCGCUCGCAUCAUCGCCGAGGCUUUCAAGACGAAGGAGAAGGACUACAUCGAUUUCCUCGUCACAGAAUUCAAUGUUGCACUUUAGGGGUCUGCGAGACCCCCGAAGCCAAAAGACCAAGAGAUGGGAGGGAAGAACAGGCUUGUGGGAUGUCUGAGGCAUCUCGUCGCGUGCACACCUGUUCACCCAGGUAAAGCCUACACAGGAUUUCCCACUGAGGAAACGUGGGGUUGGGUUGACCUCUCCUCAACAUAUUGUCUCUCUGCUAAGUGCCCCCACUUCUAAAGGCUCCCAAAUAGACCUUGAGAAGCCCAUUGUCCUUCUUCCCAGCGAUCAUCCUUGAUGGAGAGGAGGGGGGCGGUCAACCUAUUUUCUAAAGCACCCAAAGGCCAGACAAGGAAUAAUAGAUGGAAACUGAUC